AUGCAGCUGACAGUGAAAACGUUGCAACAGAAGGCCUUCAAAGUCGAAGCAGAGCCUUCCAUCACAGUUAAAGAUUUCAAGGCCUUGAUCGAAGAGGCCGGCAAAUCUGACCACAACGGCGAAUACAAAGCUGACGCACAGAAACUUAUCUACCAGGGUAAAAUACUUGAAGAUGAAAAGAAACUCGAGGAGUAUCAGAUCACUGAGAAAGGUUUCAUCGUGUUGAUGGUGACAAAACCAAAAGUCGUUGCAAAGCCCGUCGAGCCAAAGCCAGAACCAACGCCUACUCCGGCUCCCGCUGCUCCUGCUGCAGAAGCAUCAUCCGCCCCAAGCGAAUCCGCUACCACCCCUGCCCCGACAACCACCCCAAGCGCCACUACUCCCAGUCAACCAGCAGCAGAAGAGCCAGCUGCCCCAGCAAAUCCUCACGUCGCGAACUUGAUGGCGAUGGGCUUUCCGGAAAACCAAGUGAGACAGGCCCUCGGCGCUGCUUUCAAUAAUCCCGAACGUGCUGUCGAGUACUUGAUGAAUGGGAUUCCAGAGGAACUGCUCGCUCAAAUGACAACAACGCCAGAAGCAGCCGCUUCCAGCGCCGGAACAACAGCUGAUGCCAGCGCCGCUCCGACCGUGACGGCUCCUAGCCGCGCGGCAAGUGGUUCGACCCUCGAUCAAAUUCGAAAUGAACCACAGUUCCAGCAAAUUAGAACGCUCAUCCGUAGCAACCCACAAUUACUCUCGCAAUUCAUUCAACAGCUCCAGCUUGAAAAUCCGGAAGCGUUUGCCGCCAUCUCCGCGAAUCAGCAAGAGUUUAUCAAUAUGAUCAACGAGCCGGAUGAGGGAGCAGCGGCUGCAGCUGAAGCACCACAUAAUCCUGCUGAUGGACCUCGCGUUAGACAGACUGAGGACGGCCGAGUGAUGUUAGAAAUCACAGCAGAAGAUCGGGCCUCAAUCGAGCGUCUCAAGGAGCUCGGUUUCCCCGAACAAGCUGUUCUUCAAGCCUUUUUUGCGUGCGACAAGAACGAGAACGACGCUGCCAAUUUUCUGUUGUCUGGCGAUUUCGAUUAA